AUGGAGCAAGAGACCAAUGUUCACCCUCAUCGCAUACCCGACUCACACCAUCGCAAGAUCGAACUACAGUCCCCUCUCGACCUCACAUUCCUCCAAGCGAAUCUGGUCGCGUCCGCGAAGGAGAAACUCGACCUUCAUUUUCCACUCUCGGCAGCGCAACAGACUGCCGUCGUCUCAGCGCAGCCUGCGACAGUCAUCUCCCUAGAUGGGGUUGACUCAGGAGGGAAUAAUGGCCGAGGACCAGCGUCGACGGGUAGGGCAGAAGCAGACCAGGCACAGGAACCGGAAGAUCCACUACGCGCCCGUGUCCAGCAGCUCGUCGACGCGUUCAUGACCAGGACAUGGGAGGGUGCAAGUCACAAUAUCACGGUCAACGGCAUGGAUGCGACUUCCUUCCCGAUUCUGACGAGCACGACGACUACAAAGGCGCAUCCGGGCGAACCGCUGGAAGGGAUUGACUUUGUAUAUGAGGCCUACGACACUCGACUCCAGGCCAAGGUUGCAGGGCUAUACGGCGAGCUGGAAGCAUUGACGGCUCAGGUGAGUCGGUUAAGAAGGACCGCACCGAAGCAGGGCGCGGCCGAAUAUCGCGACAGCUUGACGGCGCAACUCGCUGCAGAGGAAGAAGAGUUCCAGGCUCAGAUGUUGGAGUUGCGCGAGAAGGGAACGAGCAUCUCAGACGCUGGCUUGCAGCUGAAGCCGCUGCGAGAGGGGUGGCACGAAGAUGUCAAGGCUAUGUACGAACGGGCAACUGGCGAACUGGUUGCACUGGCAGGUCUCGCAGCCAGCGAGGCCGAUUCUAAUUCUGGCCCUUCGCUGUAUGGCCGUGCCAGCCUGACAGAGACAGUGGGCAAGGUCCAACGGGCGAGAAACGUGGCUAUGGAGUUUGAGUGA